UGGCUACCGCGUAACAAGAGCAUCUUCAGUCCGUGUUUGGUACCAAGUAUUCACCAUGCGGUCUCCACUAGUGCUGCUGCUUCUAGUGGGGGCGGUCGUAGCCGAGCACAAAGGAGCAUGGAAACAAGACAACGAGUACAUUUACGAAGUGGAAGGUCGAACAUUGGCAGGAUUUGAAGAUAUCGGGAAUCGAUAUGCAGGAGUUUACAUGAAGGCAAGGUUGACGGUCCAGCCGAAAUCGGAAGACAAGCUGCAGGCUGCCGUGACCGAUGGGAAGUAUGCUCAAAUUCACACAGAGUUACCCUCCGGAUGGGACAUGAAGAUCCCCGAGGAGAACCUGGAACUGAAGAAGUUCUCCAUAUCGGGAAAGCCUUUCGAAAUCAAGAUAAGGAAUGGCGUGGUGGACGAGCUUCUCGUGGAGAAAGGCGUGCCCACGUGGGAGGUGAACAUACUGAAGGGAAUCGUGAGCCAGUUCCAGGUGGACACGCAGGGUGAAAACUUGAUAAAGUCGAGGAAAACCUUGGCACCCGAAGAGGACCAGGCAUACGCCAGCUACAAGACCAUGGAAGACUCCGUGACGGGGAAAUGCGAGGUCCAGUACGACAUCGUCACCCUUCCGGAUACUAUCCUGAAGACCAACCCAGAACUGGUACCGAUACCGAAAUUAAUCGGCGAGGGCCAAAUCUACGACAUCUCGAAGUUCAAGAACUACUCCAGGUGCUCCGAGCGCGUCGCCUACACGUUUGGUACCAACGGAAUGGAUUGGGAGUAUGGAGUCAGCGACAAAGCCAAAUUCAUCCAACGUUUCUCUGAGAGUAAUGUCGUCAUCAGCGGAAAUUUGAAGUCUUUCACCAUUCAGUCUUCGACGACGACCAACAAGGUGUACGUAAUCCCGACCCUAAAGGAGGUCCAGCAAGGAAUCGUCGCCAGCUCCCUGACCGUCAAAUUGUCAGACAUAAAGUCUGUCACCACCCCUCUGCAAGCCCUGCGCGAUCCUCAGUCCACCGGAAACCUACUGUACUGUCUUGCGAAGCCGGAAGGUGGUGCGGAGUCCCACAGUUGUUAUCGCCAAAUUCACGAGUCCGGCUCCAGCUCCAGCGAAGAGGGAAGCGUCGGAAGUGGACAUCACCACGGUCAUCAAGACAGCAGACACGGACCCAGUCAUCACUCCUCAUCCCAUGCUAGCUCCAGCUCCAGCGUCUCCAGCGAGGAGAUCCACUGGCAACCAUUCCCGAAACUGGACGAGGCACCGAUAUCGCCAUUGGUGUCCUACUUCGAAAACACCGAGGACAGCCACAGCCAUGGGAAACUCGACCCCAAGAAAGCUAGCAUAGACCUGUCCCGGCAGAUCGCCAAAGACCUGAAGAAGCCAAGCGAGAUCCCAAAGGCUGAGACCCUGGACAAGUUCACCAUGGUGACCAGAUGGAUCAGGUUGAUGAGCGCCCAGCAGAUCGAGGAAGCAGCGAACGAGUUGUUCGAGCCCGAAUCCAAGGAGAGGAAGGGAGAUGAGCACAGACUUCGUCGGGAUGCUUGGUGCAUGUUCAGGGACGCUACUUCCCAGGCAGGAACUGGUCCCGCUCUCCUGGCCAUCAAGAACUGGAUAAAGACGAAGAAGAUCGAGCGGUUCGAGACGAGCGAAGUUCUGGCCGUCAUGUCUAGGACUGCUCGUCUACCUACUCCAGAAUAUGUGGACGCCUUUUUCGACCUGGCAAAAUCACCAGAGAUUAUGGACGACGAGGACACGAGGGCUGCGGCCAUCACCGUGUUCGCCGACCUGGUUCGCAGGGCUCAGAUCAACCAUCAUACCGCCCAUUCCCGGUACCCUGUCCAUGUCUAUGGUCGUUUGAACCCGAAGGUCGUCUCGGCGGUGACGAAGGAGUACAUUCCCUACAUGGCAGAAGAGUUAAGAUCUGCCGUCAAGAAAGGCGACAGUCGCAGGAUUCAGGGCUAUAUCCGAGCUCUCGGGAACAUGGGUCAUCCUAAGAUCUUGGGGGUAUUCGAGCCCUACCUGGAAGGAAAGGAACAAGUGUCCAACUUCCAGCGCAUGUGGAUGGUCGCUUGUAUGGACAAGUUGGCCAAUGUGUAUCCCAGGGUGGCGAGGCCGGUGCUCUUCAAGAUCUACUUGAACACUGCAGAGGCCCACGAAAUUCGAUGCACGGCAGUGAUCCAGCUGAUGAGAACCAAGCCCCCCUUCGGCAUGCUUAAGAGGAUGGCGCAGAUGACUAACAUUGAUGUCAACAGACACGUCAACUCGAUCGUCAAGUCCGCCAUAGAAAGUGCAGCUGAGUCGGAAAGUCCCGAAUGGGCGGAAUUCGGCAGGAACGCGGAAAUGGCCCAGACGUUUUUGAACGACGAAACUUAUGGUCUGCAGUAUUCGAAGCUCGUGAUAGUGGAUAGCGUAGACGAGGGGGAUAUUAUGAAGAGCAUCUUCAGCUACGUGUCCGACGAUGACAACGUCAUCCCCGAUGCCAUCAACUUCGCGUUUCGCAAUAUCUACGGUGGUUACAAGCUACCAUGGACGGAAGUUGCCUUUGGGAUCUCAAGUAUAAGCGACCUGAAGGACUUGCUUUGGAAGAUCGUGCAGAAGGGAGAGAGAUCGGAGGAGGAUGGGGUCUACUCGCCGGAGAAGCUCGCCAAGUUGUUGAAGAUCGAAGGGGACGGCGCAGAACAGGUGGAGGGCAACUUCAUCCUCAACAAUAAAUUGGGCAGAAGAUUCAUUGCCUUCGACAACCACACCAUUGAGAAGAUCCCAUCGAUGCUGAAGAGGUUAUUCGAGGACUUGAAGGAGGGACGUAACUUCCAUGCCACGAAGAUGCUUGGGUUCGACACCGUCCUGAGCUUCCCCACCGCCAUGGGGUUGCCUUUCGUGUACAACCUAAGGAUCCCAACGCUGAUGAAGGACGACUUAUCGGCGCAGUUGAAGAUCACCCCCGACCCCUUCGGCGAGACCAAGUGGAAGAGGCCCCAGAAGUUGGAAGCCGACGUGAAGUUCCGCGCUUUGGCAUCCUUAAAGGUCCAGGGAAGGGUGGGCUUCAUCUCUCCCUUCGAUCACCAACACUACAUGGCUGGGGUGGACGACAACCUGCAACUCUAUUUGCCGAUCCGCACGAAAGCGCAGAUCAACUGGGAAAAACAACGCAUGGAACUGGAGCUGGGACCAGCCGACUCGAAUGUGGGCUACACAAUCGCGCACUACAGCACCGUGCCCUACACCGCGAAGCACGACAUCCUUUCCCAAAACCCAGUGGUGAAGGACAAGGACACCCACGUACUGCAUAAAGACUCAGCGGAACCGAAGAAGCUGUUCGGCAGGGAUCCCGAUGCCCCCUUCAACGUGGAGUAUCGAUACCCUGAAGACGAGAGAUCCACGCUCUGGCAGAACUCCUUCAAAUUCGAGAAAUCACCGUUUGCCUUCAAGAACAACCCGAUAUCGUGGAGUCCGACGGACAUCAGGUACAAGAUGAUAGAAGUCACUACGUCCGCUAGGAAGCCCGGUGAUAGCCCCAUCAAAGUGACGAUCGCCUAUGACACCUUUGAGAAAUCGUUUAGUAGACGCGGAGGUGCCGACUCGUCCUCGCCGGAGCCGAAGGUCACUUGGAAGUCGGACACGCAGAUGGACAGCAAGAACCGCAGAAAGGACCUUCUCGAAAGCGCCACCGAUGGGAUAGAUUCUGCCAAGGGGACGGCCGUCGACGUGGGAAUCGAGAUUCCCACCGAAAGUGGACCGGUCAGGUUCGUCUUCACGAGUGCCGUGGGCUGCAGCAAGGUAGACAGGACCUCCAAGGUCCUUUUCUACUCUGCGAUAAGUUCUCCUCCUAAGGAGAAUGUCGGCGAGCUCUGUUUUGCCCUCGAGUCCAGAUCUUCGUCUCUGCCCACCUUCGACUACGACAAGAUCAUGAACGCCGACGUCAGCAGAGACGUCAAGGCCGUCAUUCGUUUCGGGGAACGCUGCGAAACCGACGCGAAGAUCACCAUCAAAGGAAACCAACGCCAGACCGAUCAGUACAAGAAGUACGUCAAGAACUCGCUGGCGGAGGCGAAGGAAUGCAAGACGGGUGGGAAGAAAGGAGGAAUGCAGACGAAUUACCUGAAGACGUGCGAGAAGUACAUCACUUCCGCCCUCAACAUGGAUCGCGUGGACUUGUCGGUGAAUCUUGGUGAUCAUCAGACACCGGAAGGCAUCAAGGAGAGCAUCCUGCAUCUCGUUAAGGAGGCACUAACUUUGCGCUUCGAGGACGCCGAGUUUGGACCCUCGGAUCCAAUGAACGAGAAUAAAAUCGAGCUGGAGAUCGACAUGCACCCCAAUAUGCAGAUCGGCAACGUCACUUUCAGGACCCCGAAAGUCACGGAAUCCUUCUUGAACGAGGAAUUGGAAGAAAUGUCCAUGUCUUCUUUGUCUGCCCUACCGACGACCGAGCUCUUCCAGUCUGCCCUUGUCGAGGGACAAACCGUUCCCAGUUUCUGCGAACUGGACGAGAACGCGGCCAGCACUUUCGACGACUUGACGUACCCCUUGAAGCUCGGCAACUGUUGGCACGUCGUGAUGACGACCUACCCCAAGGAAGAUCCCGACGAUCCCCAGAACGAUCUGAAGAUCCCGGAGGAUAUGAAGGUCAGCGUCCUCUGUCGGGACAUGGGUGGCGACAAGAAGGAGGUGAAAGUCAACCUUGGCAACAUGGAGAUCCGUCUGGCUCCUGAAGGUGGAAAGGGAGCUGCAUAUAUCGGCAACGAGAGGCCAUCAUACAGCCAGAAACAAGGUUAUCAGUACAAAAAGGACGGCAAAGUGUUCUUCGAAAUUUUCGAGCUGCCCGAUGGAUCCGUCAGGUUGUCCUCCGAGAAGUUUGGCUUCGACGCCGCCUAUGACGGGGCUCAUCUUCGAAUCAAGGCCUCCUAUAAAUACCGCGGGUCGAUCCGAGGUCUCUGCGGCACAUACACAGGGGAACCGUCGACGGAUUUCACCACUCCUCAGAACUGCGUCCUGGAAAAGCCGGAGUUCUUCUCAGCAACGUACGCCUUGACCAGUCAGCAAUGCGAGGGGGAGGCAAAGCAGAACGCCCAGAUUGCUCAGAGGGAGCCUUGCAUUUCGCGGAACCCCCGACCAGGAAACGUCAUCAGCGACCACGAGGCUGGUCGAGGACCAAAUCCUGCUGAGAAAUGGGGCAAUUCCGAGGGCAGCAAGACCAAGCAAUGCCACACCCACAGGACUCUCGUCAUCGAGGAGAACAACGAGAUCUGCUUCUCCGUCAGACCCGUUCUCCAGUGCAGGAAAGGAUGCACCGAACAAACUAAACAAAAGUCAAUACGGUUCCAUUGCGUGCCCAGUGGACCAGCUUCCCAACAGAUUGCCCAGCGAGUCAAGCAAGGGGCGAAUCCCGACUUCAGUCAGAAACCAGUCACCAAGACCGUCCCCUACCAGAUGCCGAUCGACUGCGUCGCCUGAUCAGCUGAUCGUCUCGUCAGCUGAUCACUGACCCCGACCACGGAUAUAUCGUUCAGUAGUGUAAAUGCCUUUGUAAAAUAAUAACGUUUUUUUCAUAAGUUU